AUGUACUCAUACGCAUAUUUUUUUUGCAUUAUCGCAAGACCCUAAAUUGCAUUAUCACUGGAUAAUAUUCAAUAUGUAAUUUUAGCUCUAUGCUUUGUAUACCUAAUAUCGUCAUAAAUGAAAAGCCCAUUUUCAAGAGCAAUUAAUAUUUUUGGUUAGCUAAUAAAUUUGGGUUUACUUAAUUUCUUUUUUGAAAUAUCAAGAGGUUCUUUGGAUUAUUUGGUUCAAUUGCUGUUGAUUUUCAUAAAUAUAUUUGAAUAGAUAUUCGCCCAAGGUACAUUGAACUUCGAUUCAAGUAGCAUCUUUAAUCCCACCAAAUCACUAUUGAGCUACAUAGCCGUCAUAGGAAACAUUACUUUGAUGUACUUGUCCAGAUAUCAAUUCGAUUUAUUUGUUAUUUAAUUGGUGGCAAUACUUAAUGCUUUUAUAACUUUAAUGCAAUUGUUGUUGCAAUUUCCCAAGGGCAAUUCUAUUUUAACUACACUUACGUUGAACAUCUAAAUCAUGACUAUUUAUUUGGGCUUAGUUCAACUGAUGAUAGGAUUACAUAACUACGUAAGCGAUCUUAUCAUAUUUUUGUUUAUGCAGAAGAUAAUAUAUAUGAAUUUAGAGAGAUUAGGGAAGUAAGUGCCAAAAACCUUGGAAGAUUUAAUAGCUAAUUUUUACGAUCUCAAAAUAUUAAAGUAAAUAAAGGUAAAAUCCCCAACUCAAAAAGAAGAUAUAGUGUUAUAUGCCUCAUUAUUGGCUCAUCAAGAAAAGUAUUAUGAAGGUCUGAUGGUUUUGCAUUCUAUCAAAAAAUUGAGUUGGUUGUCCUAAAUAAAAAAAGAACUCAUGAUCAAGGAAUGGCUAUCUCAAUUGGACACAAAACUAAAAAAUUAGAAUAAGGCUUAGAAGGGUUUAUCUGAAGCUGUAGAACACUUGAUGGAAUUAGAAGAUUACAAUGUAACACUCCAGACUUAGAUGGUGAACUUACUGAAAAAUAAGUGUAGGUUAUAAUAAAUAAUAUCUUAAUAAGAAAAGAUAUCUCUUCAAAGUUUAUUAAAAUUCAUCGAGUAAAUCACAAUAGUUCAAAAGGAAUUGGAAAGGCAGUACUCUGUAUUUCCAAAUUAAAAGACUCAGAAUGUGUUAUGCUUUCUCUACUCUGAGAUUUUGAAUGAAUUUACAAAGGCAAAUUUACUUCAGUAAUAACUUACAAAAAUUGAUGAUAAGUAAAAUUUUUCUGUAUUCACUAAUAAAAUGGUUUAUUUGAUUUCCACUUACAAUUCAGAAAUUCUAAUCAAACGAGCUUCGAAUAAUGCUCCCAUUCUAUUCAAAAUGAAUCAUAAUAAGUUAUUAUAAUAGAAUAUCAAUUUAAUUAUUCCCCCAGGGAUUAAAGAAUAACAUUAAAGAUUAGUCAAAAAGUUCUUAAUUAAUGGAGAAUCAAAAUAUAUGAGGAGACUGGACGUUAAUUACUAUUAUAAUAAUGCAAAAGGGACCUUACAUUAAAUCGAUUUUGCAAUUGAUGUCAGUUUUACAAGUGAGGAGAUAAAUUUUAUUACUUUUCUGUAACCAAUUUAUGAGCAACCACUAGUAAUGGUGUUAAAUGCUGAUAAAGUUGUUACUGCAACAACUGAAAGCAUCUUGACAGCCUUGAAUCUUAAUACGAUGACCUAUUUUAAGAAUCACGUAAUUACUAAGUUUAUGCCUACUUUUAAAAAACAUGAGCUAUCAGGGUUUUAUGAGAAUAUAGACUUUAUAGUUAAUGUUGAUAAAGAAGAGGUAACUUCUAACUCAAUAAAUACUUAUCUAACUUCUUUAGAUGUAGUUCCCAAAGUGCUAAAUGGGGAGAUCUUAUUUUAUACAAUCAAAUUUGAAUUCUUUAAGAAAUAGGAAAAUUCUGUAAAAUUCACCUAUACAGAAACAAAUAAUAGUAUGGUCUAAGGAGCUUUCUCAGUUUCUGAGAAUGUUUUCAUUGAUGAUCCUAAUGGUUCAAUUAAUGAAUAAUAGAAUUUUAUUACUUCGAAUUAAAAUGCGUAUUAAAAAAUAUAAAACAAUGAACUAAUGAUAAUAGAUUCAACUCUUCAUUAGACGCAAUUUAAAGAUGCAAUAUAAUCUUCAAGGCCUCUCUUUUAUUAAACCUAAAAUAAAAUCAACUAUUCUGUCUCUGUCUCAGAUGAGGAUUAGAAUAAAGAAGAGCCAUAAUAGGAUUUUAGUGUUGCAGAAAGCAAACAGAUAGAAUCUUCUAAAGUGUCAUCCUUAAAAGGGUUGAGACAAUCUGGUUAUUUUAAGAAAUAUGAAAUCAUGUCUAAACUUGAGGAGAUCAAAGGAUUAACCAAGAACCAUAAGGUAUUUCUAUCCUUUUUGUCAGUUUGCUUGUUAAUUCAAUUAUCCUUUGUCAUAGCUUAAUUUAGUUCAACGAAUACCAGUUUGACCAACUUAAUUUUUGACAUCGACUUGCUGUAAAUCAAGAACUUUGCAUUUCAACCCUUUGAAUCCUUUUUAGUAACCAGAUGGACCAUUUUCAAUUAUAACAAUUUAAAAGCAGCUGGAGCAAUAACAGAAGAGGCAUUCAAAUAACUAAUUGCAUUUCCAAGAUCGAAUUUGCCUUUGGGUUUCGAUCGUUUGGAAGAAAAUGUGAAUUCAGUCUUAAACAAAUUGCAACUUUAACAAUUCUUGGAAAGUACAUAUUUGGAUAUACAACUAUAUACUUCAUCAAAUUAAGGGGAACACUAUAAUGUUUCCUUAAGAAAUUGUAUCACAAUAAUGUUGAAUUACUAGUACAUAACAAAGAUGGCUUAUUAAUUGGAUGGGAAUGUUGUGGUUGAUUCUCCUCAUAUUUACUAUUAGUAUCGAAAUUAUUAUAUUCUCAAAACGGAAUUUGGACGCAUCAAUCAGGAUAUCUUGGAAGAUACAAUCAACAGAUCCAUAAUUAUUUUAUCCAAAUUAUAAAUAAUCUACAUUUUGUCAUUAACCUUUCUAUUGAUAUUCCUUAUGUGCAGUUAUUUCUUUUAUUCAAGAAUAGAAUUAAGUCAUACCAAUUUUAUUAAUCUCUUAUUUUGUUGCAGAUCUGAAUAUUUCAAUAAAGAUAUAUAGAGAUUGAUAUCUGUGUAAUCAAUCAUUAAUAGUGAUUACAAUAAUUUAUUCUCUUAUUAAUUCGAUAUGCAUCGCAAAGAAUAGUAUUUUGAUGAAAUUAAAACCAAGCUAGAUAAAAAGGAUCAUAAGAAAUUUAUUUUAGAGAACAAUUCUUUUUUAAGUGUCACAAACUAUUCAAAUCGAAUCUUUUUUUGCAUUAUUUUCAUUGUCGUCUUGACUUAGGCUAGUGUUUCUUAUGGUCAGGUUAAAAAUUAUUUGGACAAAUAUCCUGCAACUGCCAAAUUUUAUAAGGGAGUUUCAGAUAUUGGAACAGAUGUCCCUUGUGUCUUUGCUUAGAGUAAUAUCCUUUAUGGAAGAGCCUUUUUUUCUUAUUACAAUGAGACUGAUAUCCAAUUGAUUUUCAAAGAAAUAAAUCAAGCUUUGGCAGAAUUACAAGACUUUACUAUAAAUAAGAUUGACUUUGAAUAGUAAUAAUAUAUCGAUAUGAAAUUAGAUACUUUUUAUCAAAUAAUUUUGCAGAUUAUUAUAACUAUCUUAUGGAUCAUAAUCUGUGCGAUUAAUUAUUGGAUGAUAUGCGAUAAAAGGCAGCCAACAUUUGUCCCAUAGUGA